GUGUGUGGAAGACCACUUACUGAUUUAACGCACAAGCAUACAGACGUGCCAACACAAGCCAUCUUUACCGCCAUUCAUCUUAAUAAAUAGUACGUUGGACAGCAAAUUCAGCUCAGUCAAGUUUGCUCUUAACAUGUCUGUCAGUGACACUCCUGAUUCUGCAAACCCACAGUUUGCUUCGCUUACAAGAGAGAUAGUCGGCCAAACUAUAAAAGAGGCAUUGGGUGAUUUUAAACACUAUUUCGAUAGCUCGCUGGAUUCUCUACAGAGAAAGAACGAGAGAAAGCUGGCAACAUCGACCCAAGAAGUACAACAGCUCAAGCGGGCCGCUGACAUGUCUUUAAGACUCAAAGGCUACAAGACUCAAUACAACUUUAACUCUUCAGUGUUAGAGAAGCUUGAAAAGGUAAGCCAAUGUCUAGGCGGUGCUAAGGAAGAAGUAGCAGAGACACUAGUAAAAGAAGCUAUAGCGGACCUUAAGAAGCGCAACAAGCUUAUCCGACUGGCAGACAAAUUGGAUGCUGUGUGGAAAGUAGUUGAUGAGUACGUACGUGACGAAUUGGCCAGCGACUCAGAAGAUGAGAAGCGGAUGCGCAAAGCACAAGCACGUGCAUCUACUAAAAAGAGACAGGAGAAAACCCAACUGAUACUGCGAUCAGAUUAUCUUUCAGAGUUGCCCCUAGAGUUACCACUGUUAGACAGAGACAUCGUGGCAGAAGAGAACAUCGGAGCUAGCCAGAAAAUGGGGUACGAGUUUAAAUUGACAAGUAACUACUUUAAGUAUGAACAAGGAUUAGCACAACCGCUUGUUAAAGGUAGACUCAAGUCAGCUUUUGCCUUCUGGGAAAGUAUCACAGACAAUAGUGUUGUUUUGGUUGUGGUUCAGCAAGGUUAA